AUGUCCGCUUUCGCUUCUUCUGAUCGCGCUGAAAAGUCUGGAAUCGCCCUGGAGGCUCAACAAAAAAUCUACGAAAAGUACGACAAGAAUUUGGCUGGAGAGAUUCUUCAAUGGGUUCAGGAAGUCACUGGACAAUCGUUCGAUACCCAAGGAGAUGCCGACAACUUCGUCAAAGUUUUCCAAGAUGGAAGCGUCUUGUGCAACCUUGCCAAUGCACUCAAGCCAGGAAGUGUCAAGAAAGUAAACACUUCGGCGAUGGCUUUCAAGAAAAUGGAAAAUAUCUCGUUCUUCUUAAAGUUCGCUGAGGAGUUUGUUCAAAAGUCGGAACUUUUCCAGACUGUCGAUCUCUAUGAAGGUCAAGACCCAAACGCUGUGCUUAUCUGUCUCGCAUCAUUGGCUCGUAAGUCCGAGAAGAACUUCGGACGUUCCGGACUCGGACCGAAAGAAGCUCAAGGAGAUCGUCGCGAGUGGACAGAGGAACAACUUAAGGCUGGUCAUAACGUGAUCGGACUCCAAAUGGGAAGCAACAAGGGAGCAACUGCUGCUGGACUCAACAUGGGAAACACGCGUCAUAUGUAG